AUGCCUGAUUUCACGGAUAAUCUUCGUCCAAGCCAACCAGAUGGACCAACAACGCUAGCUCGCGAACGUCAACAAUCCAACAUCACAACGGAAGAGCUAGGCCGGCAUUUGUUGGGCUCAGAUGGAUUUUUGGAACGACAAGCUCGCAUCCUGCCCAUCAUACAACAGGAGCCACUUUUCUCCAAAGACCAACAACAAAACCUCUCCAGACCGGAAAGGUUCAAGCUAGGAGUUGCGCGCGCAAAACUAUUACGCCGAAUGAAAGACACGCACAAAUGGAGCCACCUCGAAUACCAGAUGGCCGAGUACCUGGUUGACGAUGUGUCGCCUUACUUCCUGCACAUGGAGAUGUUCAUCACGACCAUCCGCGAACAGGCCAGCGAAGAACAGCAGGCGCACUGGCUGCCCUUGAUCGAGUCCUGGAAAAUUAUCGGUGCAUAUGCACAGACAGAACUGGGACACGGGAGUAAUGUCCGUGGCUUGGAGCUUGAGGCGCGUUGGGAUAACCGGACCAAGGAGUUCGUGCUGCAUAGUCCGACCCUCACGGCGAGCAAAUGGUGGAAUGGCAGCUUGGGUCGUUUAGCUAACCAUGCUAUUGUGGUCGCGCAAUUGCUUCUCCCGGAUCCUAGCUCGCCGGAUCAAUAUGUUUCGCAUGGUCCUCAUCCGUUUAUUGUGCAAGUUCGGGAUAUGAAGACACAUCAACCGUUGAAUGGGAUUGUUGUUGGAGAUAUUGGACCGAAAUAUGGCUAUAUUACUAUGGACAAUGCGUAUAUGCUAUUUGACCAGUUCAGAAUCCCACACUCUGCUAUGCUAUCACGAUACUCAAAUGUCGACCCCAACACAGGAAUUUAUACCAAACCAGAAAAGCCAGCUCUGGUCUAUGGAUCACUGACCUAUGUGCGGUCGAACAUGGUCCACCGCGCUAGACUCGUCCUUGCACGGGCAGUCACCGUUGCAGUGAGGUACAGCAGUGUGCGGCGGCAGUUCCAAGACCGAGAUGGCGAUAAGACAGGACCGGAGAUGUCUGUUUUGGACUACCCGACUGUCCAAAUUCGGAUCCUGCCUCUCCUUGCCACGACGUUUGCACUUCACUAUACAGGUCUUGCGAUGGAGACGGUAUACAGAAACGCACGACAGGAUAUCGAGAAGGGGGAAUUCAAUUCUUUAGCUCAUAUGCACAGCAUGUCCUCCGGAUUAAAGAGUCUUUGUACUAUCCUCGCCGCGGAUGGGAUUGAGACAUGUCGACGUGCCAUGGGUGGACAUGGGUUUGGUGGCGGGAGUGGGUUGAUCCAGGUUAAUAAUGACUACCUCUCCAAGCCAACUGUUGAAGGUGAUAAUUGGAUGAUUACGCAGCAGGUUGCGGCGUAUGUGAUUAAGAAGAUGACUGCCGCUGUUGAGUCGCCUGAUACCCCCGGGUUGAUGAGGCUGAUGCUCGAUUUAAAGAAAAGGCCGACUUACGAUAUCCUGAACAGUGAUUUGGACAUUGUUAAGAGCUUUGAGCUCAGAGCUACUGCCAUGGCAUACGAUGCAUACGAAGAAAGGGUCAUCAAAAAGCGGAACUGGAAUAGUCUUCUCAUCCAGCUCCACAAACUAAGUCGGGCACAAUCCGAAUCGAUCAUCGUCACGACCUUCUUCGACGCCCUCUCAAACGAUAAAACCCUCUCAGCACCCACCAAAACCGUCCUAUGGGACAGUUACCGCUUAUUCACAUUAUACACCAUGGAGAACGAAAGCUUCGAAUUUCUCCGCACCAACGCCGUCUCCCAGACAGACCUGAAUUCCCUAGCGAGUCGAGUCCAGGACCUGAUGGCGCGGAUACGACCCCAUGCCGUGAAACUGGUUGAUUCAUGGAUGAUUCCUGAUUACUUAUUGGACAGCGCGCUGGGCCGGUACGACGGCCGUGUUUACGAGGAUCUAUUUAACCGCGCUCAUCGGUUGAAUCCGCUAAACCGGAUUACAUUCAAUCCGAAUUAUUGGGAGGAUGAGAUUGUGAAGGGGAGUGGGGAUAAUGGGCGUGGUAUUUUGUCGAAGUUAUAG